AUGGCUGGAAUAGAACGUUUGGAAAUUCAUAGUAAGUCGUACAUUGUCCGAUGGGUCAAAGUCGACGAGGGCCAUACCAUCUCGUGGAGCGUCCAGCCGCAUAAAAAGUCAAUCAAUUUCGGCAUCGUCAAGCACCCUGGCUCGGGCGCAACAAACCUACACUCCGUUGCCGGCGAUCCGAAUACCUCUGUCGAACAAGUCGACGGCACUGCCAGCACCGCCAAAGCCGGUCGCUCCAAGAACGAUGCCAGCACCGCGAAGGAACAGCUAGCCAGCAAGGGGUUCAUCCUGAUCAGGUGGCAUGGGAAGUGCGAGGCUGAUAAGGUGUCGAUGGGCACCCACGACGUGCUGGCCAGCCAGGGAGGGAUGUACGGCCUCAUAUUCGACAACACCUUCUCGAAACAGACGUCCAAGACCGCAACAUUCGUUCUGCUCACGUAUCCGACCAAUGCGCCACCGCAGGGCGCCCAUUACCUCCCCAACCUACAGGCCGGUGCCCACGCCAACACGAGCAAGACCAGUCUAGGGAAACAAAGCCCCCAUAUAGGUGCCGUCGUCUUUGAUUCAACCGAAAGUCUUCACAGUCAUGUGGCGGGAGGGAAAACUGUAUCGAUCGCCGGCCGUAGCGACGGAGGGGCAUCAUCUUCCACAUGCCAUACGGGUACACUAAUGAAGAGACGGAGAAAAAAGGGCCAGGGUCAUGCUCGCAGGUUCUUCUCCUUGGACUACUCCUCAUGCACCCUAUCAUAUUACCACAACCGCAACUCGUCAGCGCUCCGGGGCGCAAUACCCCUGAGUCUGGCCGCUAUUGCUGCUGACGAACAGAGAAAGGAGAUCACUAUCGAUUCUGGGGCUGAGGUUUGGCAUCUUCGAGCAUCCAACGUCAAAGAGUUCAAUGACUGGGCCCGAGCCCUGGAGAAGGCUAGCAGAAUCGCGAGGGGACUCGAAGCCGUGCAGGAACCGGCCCGGGACAAAGGGGAGAAGCUUACCGUGGCCACACCAUCAUAUGUGAACCCGCCGAACAACUGCCUGGAGGAAGAUCGAGAUUGGCAACAGGUGGAAGCCCUUGUGAGCCGGAUUGUCGGGACGCGGGAUGCUCUGCGCCGCCUCGUCAAGGACUUGGCUGUACAGAAGCAACCGCAGCGUCCUGUAAGCUCGCACCUGUCUCCAGGCACACAAGCCAUGCCAGAAGACGGCGACGGGUAUUUUCCCCCUCCAGCGCAGGAGAGACGGUCCUUCUGGAAGAGAAAGUCGAGUGCCUCGCCCCUGACGACGCCCAGCUCAGUCGCACCGGCGGUAUCCUCUGCACUAGCUGUACCCAUGCCCAGUUCAGUAACGAGGAUCACAUCAAAUGGGUCACAGUCUAAACGAAGGUCCAAUGGAGCCGAGCCAGAGGAGAAAAGCACCGAGGACCACUGCGCUGCAUUGCUUAACGACUUGGAUCUGGUCGUGGCUGAAUUCACUAAUGUCCUCGCUAAUAGCAAACGGCGGCGCAUCCCCAUGCCUCAUUCAUCGACGUCGAGGAUGAGCUUUGAAUCGACGAUGUCGGCAGAUGAGUUCUUCGACGCCGAGGCGGGAGAUACCGAGAGCAGAACGCAAGUUAUGAGGAUCGACCGUCCUGGGAGUGACGAGGAUUCGCAUGACUCUGGUGCCGAUGAUGCCUCUAUCGACGAUUCGUCUUCAAUUUCUUCUGUGGAGGAAGAAGCAGCGGAGCUCGCGGGUACCAGUGGCGCAGCGGCAUUCUUUCCAGCGAAGCCCAAAGCUCUUCAUCCUCUGCCGGUUGAUAUUGCAGUCGACCGUCGGGAGACAGUCCCGCCUGCUUCUGUCCCUCCACCUAGCCUCAUUGCAUUCCUACGUAAGAAUGUCGGCAAGGAUCUCAGCACGAUCAGCAUGCCUGUCUCGUCCAACGAACCCAGUUCAAUGUUGCAGCGGGUAGCGGAACAGCUGGAAUAUGCUCAGCUCCUCGACAAUGCCUCGCAGCAGAAGUUCCCGAGAGACCGGUUGCUCUUCGUCACUGCUUUCGCAAUCUCAUCUUUCAGUGUCAACCGAGUCAAAGAGCGUGCCAUCCGGAAACCCUUCAACCCCUUACUUGGCGAAACCUACGAACUUCUUCGCACUGAAAGCGAAGUGCCAGGCGGCUUCCGUCUUAUAGUCGAGAAAGUAACUCAUCGUCCUGUCCGCCUCGCUAUGCAGGCCGACUCGGCAUAUUGGUCGUUGACGCAAAGCCCGGCGCCCGCAAACAAGUUUUGGGGCAAGAGUGCCGAGAUAACCACGGAGGGUCGAGUCCGUGUAGCACUCCGGCUAUCUGAUGGGACGGAUGAGCUAUACUCUUGGAACAUUGGUACGAUGUUCCUACGGAACGUGGUGAUGGGUGAGAAGUAUGUAGAGCCAGUUGGGACCAUGACGGUAUCCAAUGAGUCUACUGGUGCGAAGGCCAAUAUCGAGUUCCGAUCCAAGGGCAUGUUCGGCGGUCGUAGCGAAGACGUACACGUUGACAUGUACGGGUCGGAUGGCGCACCUACUGGCACAAGUCUGACAGGAACGUGGACCAAGUCUCUUCAGGUCGUCGAGGCGGGCAAGAACACAGGCCAGGAGAUCUGGAAAGUUGGUCAGCUGGUGCCGAACGCACCGACCACGUAUGGUAUGACCUCUUUCGCUGCCACCUUGAACGAGGUGACACCUAUCGAGAAGGGUCGACUGCCACCAACUGACAGCCGGCUUCGCCCCGACCAACGCCUCGCCGAACAGGGGAAGCUCGACGAUGCUGAGACUUGGAAGGUAAACCUCGAAGAGGCACAGCGCGCCAGGAGGAGGGUCUUGGAGGAGAAGGGUGAAGAGCACAAGCCUAAGUGGUUUAUCAAGGUGGCCGAUGCUCCCGAGGGAGAAGAGAUGUGGCGGCUCAAGGGCGGGAAAGACAGCUACUGGGAAGAGAGGGGACGAGGCGAGUGGAAGAACGUGGAGAGGAUAUUUGAUGUACCAAAUGAACAGUAG